AUGGCCGCGCCGGCCCCGGGGCUCAUCUCGGUAUUCUCGAGCCCGCAGGAGCUGGGCGCAUCGCUGGCGCAGCUGGUGGCGCAGAGGGCGGAGUGCUGCCUGGCGGGAGCCCGCGCCCGCUUCGCGCUUGGUCUGUCGGGCGGCAGCCUUGUCUCGAUGCUGGCUCGCGAGCUGCCUGCCGCUGUCGCCCCCGCUGCGCCCGCCACCUUCGCACGCUGGACGCUGGGCUUCUGCGACGAGCGCCUCGUGCCCUUCGAGCACGCCGAGAGCACGUACGGCCUCUACCGGGCCCAGCUGCUGUCCAGGCUGCCCAUCCCAGAAGGCCAGGUCAUCACCAUUAACCCCUCACUGCCCGUGGAGGAGGCAGCUGAGGACUAUGCCAAGAAGCUGAGAGAGGCCUUCCAAGGGGACUCCCUCCCAGUCUUCGACCUGCUCAUCCUGGGGAUUGGCCCUGACGGCCACACGUGCUCCCUCUUCCCAGACCACCCGCUCCUGCAGGAGAAGGAGAAGAUCGUCGCCCCCAUCAGUGACUCCCCAAAGCCACCACCUCAGCGUGUGACCCUCACACUUCCUGUGCUGAAUGCGGCCCGAACUGUCAUCUUUGUGGCAACUGGAGAAGGCAAGGCAGCUGUUUUGAAGCGUAUCCUGGAAGGCCACGAAGAGAACCCACUCCCCGCUGCUCUGGUCCAGCCACACACGGGGAAGCUGUGCUGGUUCUUGGACGAGGCGGCCGCCCACCUGCUGACGGUGCCCUUUGAAAAGCACUCCACUUUGUAG